UCCUCUCCCUCAGUGCGACUCCUCCGAGGGAUCAGGAGUAGACUAAGUCAAACUUCCAGAGGCUUAAGAUUUGUGCGCAGCCCUCGAAAAGGAUUGAAGUCCUCAAGAUGAAAACAUGGGAUCACACACCAGCUUAGUCAACAGGACUCAGACACACUAAGAAAACAGUCAUCCUUGCAGAUCUGCUGCUAAUCCACCGUGUGUCCUACGCAUCUCUUUAAGGGGUCUGAGGUGAUGCCAUGUGCCAGCUGCAGUCUUCUUCUAAUCUUCUCAAAUCUGGAGACUUGAUGCCCAGAUGGUUUGCCCCUUCAUGUUUGGUCCAGUUCAACACUUCCUGACCAUUCCAUGGGCCACAAGACGACGGCAACAUCCACGGCCGCAGCUUGACUCAAACCCUCUGCGUUUUCUGCCCCUCACUCCUAAUAUCAAUCUCUGCCCUCUUGCUCUCCUCCGGUUCAACCUCUGCUUCUGCUCUCACCUCACAUUUUGAUAAUCCAAGUCCUCCCUGAGCCCAACAUGGUGACCCACCUUCCCUCUUUAGUUUUUGUCAUGAUGUGUCAAGGCGCCCUGCUGGCAGACCCACCUCCGUCCCGCCGUGAGAUCCGCAUUGAGGGCGACCUGGUGCUCGGCGGGCUGUUUCCAGUGCACGAGAAAGGGGCUGGGAUGGAAGAGUGUGGGCGUGUGAAUGAAGACAGAGGGAUCCAGAGGCUGGAGGCCAUGCUGUUUGCCAUAGACAGAAUCAACAUGGACAGCACUGUGCUGCCGGGUGUCUCCCUUGGGGUGCACAUUCUUGACACCUGCUCAAGAGAUACAUAUGCGCUAGAGCAGGCUCUGGAGUUUGUGAGAGCCUCCCUCACCAAGGUGGAUGACACAGAGUUCAUCUGUCCUGAUGGAUCUUACGCUCUGCAGGACGACAGCCCUCUUGCCAUCGCAGGGGUCAUCGGAGGAUCCUAUAGCAGUGUUUCCAUACAGGUUGCCAAUCUUCUCAGGCUCUUUCAGAUCCCUCAGAUAAGCUAUGCUUCAACGAGUGCCAAGCUCAGCGAUAAAACCCGCUAUGAUUACUUUGCCCGCACUGUACCUCCUGACUUCUACCAGGCCAAAGCCAUGGCAGAGAUCCUCCGGUUCUUUAACUGGACAUACGUGUCCACUGUGGCAUCAGAGGGAGAUUAUGGUGAAACUGGUAUAGAGGCCUUCGAACAGGAAGCACGAAUGAGGAACAUCUGCAUUGCCACUUCAGAGAAGGUGGGACGUUCAAAUGCUAAGAAGUCUUACGAGGCUGUAAUCCGUCAACUCCUCCAGAAGCCAAAUGCCCACGUGGCCGUCCUUUUCCUGCGCAGUGAUGAUGCCAGAGAGCUGAUUGCAGCUGCAGCCAGGAUUAACACCUCUUUCAUUUGGGUGGCUAGUGAUGGCUGGGGUGCACAGGAGAGCAUUGUCAAGGGAAAUGAAAUAACUGCUGAAGGAGCUAUCACACUUGAACUGGCAGCAAACCCUAUACCAGAUUUUAACCGCUACUUCCUGAGUCUGGACCCUGUGAAAAACCACCGAAAUCCCUGGUUCAGGGACUUCUGGGAGCAGCGUUUCCAGUGCUCUUUGGGAGCUGGAGGCUUAGGCUUCGGGGGAACACCUCUUCCACCGUGUGACAAAAACUUGUCGAUGGACCAGAGGUAUUUCGAGCCAGAGUCCAAGAUCAUGUUUGUGGUGAAUGCAGUGUAUGCCAUGGCCCGUGCCCUCCACAACAUGCAGCGGAGCCUGUGCUUGAACACCACCAAGCUGUGUGACAGCAUGAAGGCCCUGGAUGGGCGCAGACUCUACAGGGAUUACAUUCUUAAUGUCAGCUUCACAGCCCCUUUAUCCCCUCCAGGCAGUGAGACGGUAGUGAAGUUUGAUUCCCAGGGGGACGGCAUGGGCAGAUACAACAUCUUUAGCUACCAGCGUUCUGGCGAACGUUAUGGUUACGUGCCAGUAGGUGAGUGGGCAGAAAGUCUGAGUCUGAACAGCGAUCUGAUUCGUUGGCCCAAAGAGGUGCUCCCAACCUCACAGUGCAGCGACCCCUGUGAGCGAAACGAAAUGAAGAAAAUGCAGGCAGGUGAGUACUGCUGCUGGAUCUGUACGGCGUGUGAGCCUCAUGAAUACCUGGCUGACGAGUUCACCUGCUCGCCUUGCGCUCCCGGCCAGUGGCCAACUGAUGACCUCACAUCCUGUUACGAUCUUCCUGAGGACUACAUUAUGUGGGAAGAUGCUUGGGCCAUUGGUCCUAUUACCAUUGCAUGUGUUGGCUUUGUGUGCACUGGCUUGGUGGUUUGGGUGUUCGUCAGACAUAACAGCACACCAUUGGUGAAAGCAUCAGGCAGAGAGCUCUGCUACAUUCUCCUCUCUGGAGUCUUUAUGUCCUAUGCCAUGACUUUCCUCUUCUUGGCCAAACCCUCUCCGGCUAUAUGUGCCCUGCGGCGCCUCGGCCUGGGCACGUCGUUUGCUGUGUGCUAUUCUGCACUGCUGACCAAAACCAACAGAAUCGCCAGAAUUUUCAAUGGCGUGAAAGAUGGAGCGGGCGCAGUGAGGCCGCGCUUCAUUAGCCCAUUCUCUCAAGUAUUUAUCUGCCUGAGUCUGAUCUCUGUCCAGCUGGUCAUGGUCUCCGUGUGGCUGCUGCUGGAGGUUCCUGGGACUAGGCGCUUUACGUUACCAGAACGAAGACAGACUGUCAUCCUCAAGUGUAAUGUGCGAGACUCCAGCAUGCUGCUGUCACUGGGAUACGAUGUGCUCCUGGUCAUCUUGUGUACUGUGUAUGCCUUCAAGACCAGGAAGUGCCCUGAGAACUUCAAUGAGGCCAAGUUUAUUGGAUUCACCAUGUAUACGACUUGUAUAAUUUGGCUGGCCUUUCUCCCCAUCUUCUAUGUCACAUCCAGUGACUACAGGGUUCAAACCACGACCAUGUGUAUCUCUGUCAGUCUAAGUGGCUUUGUAGUCCUGGGUUGUAUGUUUGCGCCCAAGGUCCACAUCAUCAUGUUUCAGCCCCAGAAGAAUGUGACCAACCACCGUCUUAACCUCAACCGCUUCAGUGUCAGCGGGGCUGCCACGACAUACGCAUCUCAUGCUUCUGUCAGCGCCCACUUCGUCCCAACAGUGUGCAAUGGGAGAGAAAUAGUUGACUCGACCACUUCCUCUCUGUGACAGCAUCCAGUCCGCUCUCUAAACCCGCCCCUGCGACUGUUAGCCAAAUAACGAACAUUUUUCACCCCGGCUCUGUUUUACCCCCCUUUUACACACAAACACUCUUUUACACACACGCACACACGCCCGCAGACAAAUACACAUACUGAAUACAAGCAAACGCCUUCCCUGUGGACUAGAACUGUAUUGUUUCACAAAUGUAGAAAGUGUGUAACUAUAAUUAAAUUAUUUUCUAGGGAUGUAUAUACAUGGAAUCAACAUUGUUGUACGUAGAGAAACAAAAGAACAAAAAAAAAUGUUUUUAGGAGGAAUUUUUUGGAACCUUUGUUUUUGAUAGCUUUGUUUCAAUGUAAAUAGACAUGAGCUUAAACAUGGUAGGGGGACUGAGUCCUUCCAUCUGGAUGCACAUUUGUGGCUCUGCUUGCCUCACUGCAAUACACACAGACUUUUGAUUCUCAUGCUUUUUUUGUAGUACAUCAUUGUAAUAACUAACUGUGUAUGCAUUUCUAAUGUGGAUCUGUACAUUUGUAUAUUAUACUACUGACGGUUCAAACAGCACAAUGUUAAACGUCAUGUGACACUGGAAUGAAUGUGGAAGAAAAGCUAAAACUGGACAAACUAGAACAGCCAGAAAAGAAAUUGAAAGGGAAAGGAAGGGUAAAAAAGAGACAUUCAUUAAAUUUAGUGAUAUAUUUCUGUUUGAGAAUAUAUCAUUUUGCAUCUUGAUAGAUGUUUGUUGUAUUCUGGAUCUUUGUAAAAUCCUUCUGUGGAUGUUUUGGCAGAAAAACAUGUUUUGCUUUUGAUACAAAUGUUCCUAUUUUCUAAUUAUGGGAUCCCUUUAUCUAAAUGGCCAUAAUUCCAGACGUGUGUUCAGCAAAGCAUCGCUUUUUCACGCCCACUCCUAAAAUGCUGUGUCUUUUAAAGAUUGCUGUGAUGUAUUAAUAAUAACAAUGAAUAGCUUCACUGAAAAGACAGUACUGCUAAUGCUUUAUGUAAGCCCCAAAGAACAAAAAUAAAUCAGUUUUUCACCCAGUAAUUGAAGUGCCUUGCAAAAGAAUUCAGAUCCCAUGAACCUUUUCACAUUUUGUCCUGUUACAACCACAGACUUCAGUGUAUUUUAUUGGGACUUUAUGGGAUAGAGCAACAGAAAGUUGUGAAAUGAAAGGAAAUUAUGCUAGGUUUUAGGAUUUUACAAGUAAAAAUCCUUUGAGAAGUGUUUCAUGCAUUUUCUGCUGACUUGUACUUGUAGAUCUACGUUUCGUUGUAGUUACGGCUGCAUCAAUCAAAUUCUUUGGUGUAUAUCUUCACCAGCUUUGCUCAUUUGAAAACUAAAAGUGUUGCUCUUUGCUUUUUGCAAUGCAGCUCAAAUUGAGUCAGACCGAAUGGGUAUCAUCAGUAAGCUGCAAUUGUCAAGUCUUCUGACUGUCAUUGAAGCUCUAGCUAUAUGUUUAGUGUUGCUGUCUGCUUGAGGAUGAAGCUCAAACUAAGUCUGAAGUGUUUUGAAGCCUCAAACAAGUUUUCAUUCAAGAUCCCCCUGAAAUCACCUGUAUUCAUCUUCCCAUUAAAUUGACUAGCUUUCCCCAACAGUGCUUACUUCUUGUCUAUAUUCCAUAAGAGCUGGAUCUGAGCUGGAUAAGUAACAGUUACCUCCUCAAAAGAUUCUCAGACCCGAGCAACAGAUAUGUGGAGCUUGUCCACUGUUACUAAUAGCUUCUUCAGAAAGGGCUAAAGUUACUAAUUACAGCACUGAAUUUUCACUGGGAGCAUUUUAAAGUGACUGUGUGUAUGUAUAUGCCACAUAUUUCAGAUUUUUGCUUCCAAAGUGGACCUAUUAAGCAAAAUUUACAUGUUUUGGUGCUCAUAACCGAGUCCAAAAUGCUAAAAAAAAAAACCACCCACCUGUUUUCUGGGACAAGAAGUUAAUGUUUCUUGGUGUCUGGAAAAUUAGUUGUUUCAAAAACCUCCUGAUUAUUAAGUAACAAUAAGUGAUCACUGCUCACUUAUUGUUACAAAGCAAACCAAAUGGAUCUCUAGCAUGUUUGGUCAGCUGGUUUUAUUGCUGUGUGUGUUGGACAAUGGCUGCUGGACAAGACAGGUGUUUUGUUGUUGACAUACCCCCAGAAAUUAUGCAUCCUUGAUGGUUGCGCUAGAGGCUCCGCUUCUUCUGCUUUGAAGUCUGAUUGGGUGUCAAAGAUGUAUGAUUGCACACCUGCUUUCAGCCAUUUUAAUGUGUAUAAAGUGUGAGUGUAAACACCGUAUUGAGGAGUGCCGCCAGCAGCACCUUAUUUGUAUUUAAAGUGAGAGGAGACCCUAAAACAGCUGUGAAAGGAGUUCAAAAUAGGCAGAGAAACUCUCAUCAUCUGAGAAUGAUUUUGUGUAAUGAACAUGUUUUUAAAGCCCAUUGGUCUACCCUAACUUGUUCAGUAAAGCAAAGUGUGUUCACUUUAAAACCUUUUGAAAACCUCAUAUAUUUAUUCUUUCAUUUCAUAAUAACAUAUAUUUUUAUGUUGCUCUAUUACAUUAAAUCCUAAUAAGAUAUAUUAUGUUUGUAAAGUCACAAGAAUACUUUUGCAAACCACUGUAUGAACAUCGAGUUCUUAAUUUGCAAAAAAUAUUGAUGAAGGAAAAGGGUGCAUUUUGCUGAACACACAUUGAAUUUUUCCACCUCUAGGGGAAUAGUAGCUUGAGAUUCAUACCCCAUAGAUACCGUCUGUGGUGAUAUUUUUAAUAUGGCUAUGUGCCUUAAUGUGUGUUUGAUAGAUUGAUGUUGCUAGAGAUCAGUUUUACACUACCAGCUCCAAGUCUUUGUUUGGUAAAUGUAAAAAGAAAAAAAAAAAGAAAACCAUGCCACUCAGGCAACAACUUUGUUUUAUGUGAAGCCCAGUGCCAUUGAUUGUUUACCUAGUGUAAUGGAUCAGUAACUCCGACAAAUCACAAACUUAAACUGGCUUUCUCCAGUCUGACAUAAAGAAAAACAGGAAUAUUCUAAAAAUGUAGAUUCACUUCCAUUUCCCCCUGCUUUUAACACAGUAGCUUCAGGUAAGGAAAGCGAGGUGAGGGGUAGACAGAUAGGCGACAUCAUUAGGAGGAAUUCAGUGAGUAUUUGACUUGUUGAAGUGUGCAGUUUACAAGCUAGUGUUAAAAUGUGUUUACGUUGGGAAGCACAGUGGAGCAGCUGGCUUUGGCAGUCCCACAGAGGCUCAGGAGAGGAAACAGAGCACAUUCUGUCAGCUGCUGGCUGAUUGCUGCUAACAAAAGACGUUAAGAGUAGAACAGAUAUCCAUAACAUAACAUAAAAAAAGAUGAGGUCAUUCAUGCAGAUGCAAAUGUGACAAGAAAGACUGCAGCCUCUCUGUUGGGUAUUAAUAAGAUUAUUGAAUAAAUUCAAUCAAAAGUAUGUAUUAGCUUCUUAGGAGGAAACUUAAAUAGCUGAAGAUAGUGGAGUAAUUUAUUAAAAUUUUAUUUCAGUCGUUUGAUUUUCCUGAAAAUAUUUGUUGAAUUUAGAGAUAGUAGUAAUUUAUUAACUGAUCUUAAAUGUUUACAUAUAAUAUGCUGUCUAAAAUAAAGUGUGACUGUUACAUUUGAUGUUUUCAACAGAAUGAUCAGAAUCACUUUUUAAAAGCUGUUUUGUCAACAACAACAAAAAAAAACAGAUGUUUUGGAGAACUUUUAGAGGU